CAGUUGGAAAAGUUGUUUGAUUCUCACGCACGCCUGCGUUGUUCGUUCUAUUGUGAAUUCUUUUAUAUUUAUGAGCUCGUCCCUUGAGCAGUUAUAAGCAUUUUGCAAAAUGAGCAAUAAAGACUUUUAUCUCCGGUAUUACGUUGGCCAUAAAGGAAAAUUUGGACAUGAAUUUCUGGAGUUCGAAUUUCGCCCUGACGGUAAGCUGCGCUAUGCAAACAACUCAAACUACAAGAAUGACACCAUGAUUCGAAAGGAGGCAUAUGUUCACAAAUGUGUCAUGGAAGAGCUGAAGAGGAUCAUUGCUGAUUCAGAAAUCAUGCAGGAGGACGACGCGCUGUGGCCGCAGCCUGACAGGGUGGGACGCCAGGAGCUGGAGAUCGUCAUCGGCGACGAACACAUCUCCUUCACCACCUCCAAAAUCGGCUCACUGGUCGAUGUCAACAACUCAAAGGACACUGACGGGCUCCGGUGCUUCUACUACCUGGUCCAGGAUCUCAAGUGUCUGGUCUUCUCGCUCAUCGGCCUCCACUUCAAGAUCAAGCCCAUAUAGGCGUCCGGCAGCGACGGCUCAGUGGAGCAUCGCGCCCCAGUCACGUGUCGAAGCUGCCUGGUGUCCUCCGUUUCGCGUCUCGCAUAACCAGCCGGCAAGUCCGAUCAUUUCACCAAUAUAAUACACAGUGUGUUUAAUA